UUAUGGAUUUGGCGAAUGAGCUCAAGAGAAAAGUUGCUGACUGAAACGACGUAAUCUUACUCUCAUUCGUUGUUUUUUCUAACAUGGUGAUUGAAUUAUUUAAUUCUAAAAUUAAUUGGAUAUUUAUUGAACUAGUUAUUUGUUUCUUUUAUCUUAUCUUAUCUUAUUAGGUCUCUAGUGUUAUUAGGUCUCUAGUGUUAUAUUCCUUGUAUAGUACCGGAGAAUUAUGUAUUUUAGUGAAACUAAAUAUAUAUAUAUAUAUAUUGUGUAUAUUGAUUAUUCUAAUUUUCUAUUAAGUUUUCCUAAUAGCCUGCUAUACCAUGAAGAUGAACAACAAUGUCAAAGGGCGAGAACGAGAACGAGGGCGAAGACAAGAAGAAGACAGGUUGAGUUCACUUCCAGACGAUAUCUUAACCAUAAUACUCACUUGCCUCCCUAUCAAUUCCGCUGCUGCCACCUCCGUCCUAUCCACCCGAUGGCGUCACCUCUGGACCGGAGUCACCAACUUUGUCGUAUUGUCUGAUUCCGGCAAAGACGACGACGACGACGACGACAUCCUUUUUGUACAAAAGCUCAUAAAGCUGACCUCUUUGAAACUGCACAACUUUCAUAUUGAAUUGAAAUCUCUAUCUACCUUUUCACAAAUAUCUAAGUUUUUCAUAUCUAACGUUUUUUCAAAUACACUAAGAGAUCAAGAAUUAUGCUUCCGUGAAGUUUGCCGUCGAGAUGUGGAGAAUAUCGAUAUCUUCUGCCCGGAUGAGAAAAAUAGAUACUUUCUUUUAGUGCCGGACUUUGUGUUUAAAACCAAAUCUCUGGUAAGUUUAACUUUGGGUUUCGUGUAUAUUUGUUUUGAUAUGCCUGAAAACGUAGCUAUUCAACUCCCUAAUUUGAAGAAUCUUCAUUUGCGCUUUCUUUCCCGGAUCCCUCCUUGGUUAGAAACUCUAUGUAAGUCUAGCCCUUUAUUGGAAGUUUUAGAUUUAAAGUUCAUGUUACUAGACACUGAGCCGCCUUGUAUUGCCAAUGUAUUUGCUACCAAUCUGAAGUCAUUGAGGAUAGAGACUCAUUAUUACGCAAGUCAGACACAUCGCAACAAAUUCUUCAUCAAUGCACCCAAAUUGGAAUACCUGAAUAUAAUUGAUAGCUCUUCAUGUUAUUACUUGACCCAAAAUCCAACUACAUUACUGGAAGCAUCACUUGAUUUGACCAUAACUAGAACUAUAACUGCAAUGGUUGGAGAUGAUGAUUAUCGAAAAGACAUGGUCAAGUUUGUUAGAAGAAUGUGUAAUGUUAGUAACAAUCUUCACUUGAGACUAGAUAGAAACUCCAAUAUAAUCCGUUACCUUGUAAAUCAUGGAGUUAUGUUUGGUAAUCUAGCCACUCUUAUAUUAGAUUUGAAAGGGAUUGGUCUGAGUGGGUGGAAGGAUUUGCUGCUUUGUUUGCAAUGUUUUCCAAACUUAAAGAAUCUUGUGGUGCAUCAUUAUUUUCAUAUGAUUUGGUAUCCACCAAGUAAUGAACCACCAGAUUGUUUGGUGAAGAAACUCAAGAGCAUAACAAUAUUUGGAUUGAUUGGGUUAACUCGUGAGCUUGAAUUGAUAGCUUACCUUCUGAGUACUGCAACUGUUUUAGAAGAGCUUGUGAUAAGAGAUGGACUAUGUUUGGGAUAUGAUCUUCGUAAGUCGUUGUUCGAUCUUCCAAGGGCCUCUUCGACUUGUGUGAUUUGGGUUACAGCAUCAAGUAAUGAAGAUAUUCUAUCUGAAGAAUCCUUGCUCAACGUAUGGUUUUAGAGUUGUGAACAUUUAGAGUUUUUAGACAUGUAAAAUUUGUAAUUGUUUUGUACUGCAUUUAAAAGAGCUAGCUUUCUGCAUUAAGGAAUACCAAUUACCUAUUAAUGUG